UUCACAAUAUGAAUUACAAGUCUUCUUCUUCUCCAUCUACUUCUUCUUAUAUAUCCACCUUCUCCUCUUGCCACCGAGGAGUGCUCCUUGGAGGCUAACAGCUCGGGCGAUAUGAGGAUUCACCAGAGGGCUCGCUCUCAGAGCAAUCCAAUGACCGACAUCAGCCUCAAGCCUGCCCCCGUGAGGCCGUACGUCCGGUCAAAGACUCCUCGGCUCCGAUGGACCCCUGCCCUUCACCGCUCCUUCACGCAUGCAGUCGAAAGCCUUGGGGGAGAAGAACGGGCCACCCCAAAGAUGGUUUUGCAGAUAAUGGGUGUGACGGGACUUACCAUAUCUCACGUGAAGAGCCAUCUUCAGAUGUACCGGAGCAUGAAGCAGGAACAGAUGAUACAAGAGGCAGUGUUAGCAGCGAAGCAGAGGGAGAUGGCACAACUCAUGGCUCGUGCCAACUAUAACGCUCGCUUCCACCCGGCCUAUGCCCAUUAUAAUCCACAUGGAACGAAUAGCCAUAUAUUCUCCGGCAACGGAAACCAAGGUGCAUGGGGCGCAAGGCAACUCUCUCUUAUCAAUGCCGGCAACCCGAUAAUGGAACGGGAGAAGCUGGAGAUGGCCGAGAAUCCUCAUCAAGAAGCUGGACAAGAAUGGAAUAAUAUUGCACGGAAAGUGACGGAACAUCGCCCAUUUGCCAUUGCUUCUGACGACGGCAGCAUCAUCACCAACAAGCCAUCCUCUUACAUCAUCUUCAGGGAUCUCCUCAGGACCUCCAAUCCCCAAGGCAGGAAUAUUGCGGAUCAAAAGGUAACGGGCAGGCGAGGGCCUGAGAACCAUGGAGCCGAUCACAGGUCGGAGCUGUCCCUGUCUCUGAGCUCAUCGAGCGUGGCUGGACUUGCAAGUGGUGCGGAGGACUUGUCCCUUGACCUAACUCUCUAGCUAGCUAGAAGCAACAAGCACAUAUAUAUAAAGUGACCUCAACAUUUAUAUAACAAAUAUAUAUGUAGCUUCUUUUAAAGAAUAGGCAGGUUAAAAUGGUUUGUAAUAGUGGCAUCUGAAGAAUGCCGAAACUAUAAUAUCAAGAAU